UAAUAAUUAAAUAAAUGAAACGAGCAUCCUCUUUAACAAAACAAUCUACUUAAACAUCCAAAAUUAGUACUUAAACUUCUUUCAAAUAAAAUCAAAAAUUUUAAAAUGUAAAAUCAAAGUACAAAGAACCAAAAAAAAUUCCUGGUGCAACACCUUACGAUCCAACUAACAGUUCAGGAAAAUUAUCUGCAAUAUCAUAAAAUCUUCUAAGAAUAGUAAUUAGAUUUAGUAUUUCCAAUUUUGAAGAUUAUAUCAAUUUAAAGCAAGUAUGUUAAAGGUUUUAUUAUGAAUUGGAUUCCAAUAUACAUAAUUUCUAAUAUUUAAAUCCUACAUAAUCAAAGGAUAUAAAAGAGGUUGUCGAAUAGUUGAAAGUAAUUUAUUUUAACUAAUAAAUCAAUCGUUAUACUACUUUUCAUGAAAAAAUGAAUUCUAUGUUUUAAUAUGGUGCUACUAAAUUAAAUUUGCCUGAUAAGUUGGUUGAAUCUCUUUAACUCCAUAUAUCUAGUGCAAGAGUGAAUAAAAAAUAAUUUACUCCUUAAUUGUUAUUUAGGAAACUAAAUUUUGCCUCUCACUUAUAUUUUAAAAUUUUAACAGAGGGAAUUCCAUUAAACAUGAAGAAUGAUACAUAUGAUAGCAUUCAAGUUUAUUUUAAAAUAGAAUCAAAGUAUCUGAAUUUAUAGAAAGAAUUUAUUAAAAAAUAUGAAUGUUAAGAGAUUCUAAAAAAAUCAAUAAAACAAAAAGCUUUUACUUAUAUGACAGAUGGUCAUUAUUUAUUCACAUAUUUUGAGAAUGAUAAACAAAUGCUUUAUAUUUUAUGGGAAAAUUCAACUGUAGAAUUAAUGUAUUAUUUUUGGAAAUAGCUUAAAAAAAAGUAUUUUUGGAUGAAUAAAGGAACAAUUUAAAAAUAAUAUAAAAUAAUAAUUGAAUAAAGAUCCAAAUAAAAUCUUUAAAAUUCAAGAGCACUUUCUGAAUCAAAAUAAAAAUAAUAAGUAAAUGAAGAUAGCGAUGAUGAUGAGUAUAUAUCAUUUUAAUAAUAAAAAUAAGCAGCAUUAACAUUGCCUUCCAUAAAAUCCCCUUAAUAAUAACAAUAAUAAUAAUAACUUCCUCCUAAACCAAAGAAAAAGGUUUCAGCAUUCCUGAAAACAAAAGUUAUUUAAAAUAAGAUUUAAUAUGAUUCAAUGAAACAUUAUAUGUAAGAUUAAUAAGAUUUUGAGUUGAUGAUUAAUAUUCAUACAGGAAUAAAAGGAUAAAAUUUAUUUUAUUUUGUAGACACAAAAGCUAUGCCAAAAUUAGAUGAAGAUUGUUUAUAUUUUACAUAUAAAAUGAAAGAACACAUAAAUCUUUCAUAUAAAUUUUAUUUAGACAACAAAUUAGGAAUGAAAGAAGUUGUUGAAAAUCUAUUUUUAUGUGAUAUAACUUUUAAAGAUAGAGAUGACUUUAGGAUACUAUUUAGUGGAUUUGUGUAAAUGUUUUAUGAAGAUACAACAUCAGUUGCUAAGAAAUAUGAUGUUUCUUAUAUGGAUAUAAAAGAAUGGAGAUCUCUUAGAUUAUGGGAUGAAAAUAGGUUUGAACUAAUAAUAUUAUUUGGUACUUAACCAUCUGUUAUCAAACUGUUAGAACUCAAACUUAUUGAUAUAAAUUGAUUAAUGUUCUCAUUUUAUAAAGGAUAGC